AUGGCUUCGGAACCGCUGCUGCUGAGCGUGUUCACUUUGCUGUUCGCCGGUUCCUGGCGCCCGGGAUUGACGGCGACGAACUACAACUGUGAUGACCCACUAGCAUCUCUGCUUUCUCCAAUGGCCUUUUCCAGUUCAUCAGACCUCACUGGGACUCACAGCCCGGCUCAGCUCAAUCGAAGAGUUGGAGCUGGUGGGUGGUCCCCGGAAGAUUCCAACGCCCAGCAGUGGCUCCAGAUGGACCUGGGGGGCAGAGUGGAGGUCACCGCAGUGGCCACGCAGGGGAGAUACGGGAGCUCUGACUGGGUGACGAGCUACAGCCUCCUGUUCAGUGACACAGGACACAACUGGAAACAGUACCAGCAGGAAGACAGCAUCUGGACCUUUGCUGGAAACACAAAUGCAGACGGCGUGGUGCACCACAGGCUUCUGCACCCCGUGAGAGCCCGCUUUGUGCGGUUCGUGCCCCUGGAAUGGAACCCGAGUGGGAAGAUUGGCAUGCGGGUGGAGGUCUACGGAUGCUCCUACAAAUCCGAUGUUGCUGACUUUGAUGGCAGGAGCUCCCUGCUGUACAGGUUCAAUCAGAAGCUGCUGAGCACCCUCAAAGACGUGAUCUCCCUGAAGUUCAAGAGCAUCCAGGGCGAUGGGGUCCUGUUCCAUGGAGAAGGUCAGCGUGGAGACUAUAUCACCCUGGAGCUCCAGAAAGGGAGGCUCGCCCUGCACCUCAACUUGGAUGACAGCAAAACCCGGCUCAGCAGCAGCCCCCCAUCAGCCACCCUGGGCAGCCUCCUGGAUGACCAGCACUGGCACUCAGUCCUCAUCGAGCGGGUGGGCAAGCAUGUGAACUUCACCGUGGACAAGUACACGCAGCACUUCCGAACCAAGGGGGAGGCCGAUGCCUUAGACAUCGACUAUGAGCUUAGUUUUGGCGGAAUUCCAGUACCAGGCAAACCUGGGACCUUUUUAAAGAAAAACUUCCAGGGAUGCAUGGAAAACCUCUACUACAAUGGAAUAAACAUAAUUGACCUGGCUAAAAGGAGGAAGCAUCAGAUUUACACUGUGGGCAAUGUCACUUUCUCCUGCUCCGAACCCCACAUUGUGCCCAUCACUUUCGUCAACUCGAGCGGCAGUUACCUGCUGCUGCCUGGCACCCCCAACAUCGACGGGCUCUCUGUGGGCUUCCAGUUCCGGACAUGGAACGAGGAGGGGCUGCUUCUGUCCACCGAGCUGUCAGAGGGCGCGGGAGCCCUGCUGCUGAGCUUGGAGGCCGGGGUCAUGAGGCUCCUGAUCCAGAAAACAACAGGGCGGGCAGCAGAGAUCCUCACAGGCAGCAACUUGAAUGAUGGCUUGUGGCAUUCAGUCAGCAUCAACGCCAGGAGGAGCCGCAUCACUCUCUCCCUGGAUAACGAUGCAGCGUCCCCUGAUCCGGACACCACCCGGAUACAGAUUUAUUCUGGAAAUAGCUAUUACUUUGGAGGGUGCCCUGACAAUCUCACCGCUUCCCAAUGCUUAAAUCCUAUCAAGGCUUUCCAAGGCUGCAUGAGGCUCAUCUUUAUUGAUAACCAGCCCAAGGACCUCAUUUCAGUUCAGCAAGGCUCCCUGGGGAAUUUUAGUGACUUACACAUUGAUCUGUGUAGCAUCAAAGACAGGUGUUUGCCAAACUACUGUGAACACGGAGGCAGCUGUUCCCAGUCUUGGGCGACUUUCCAUUGUAACUGCAGUGACACGGGCUACAUGGGCCCCACCUGCCAUCACCCCCUCUACGAGCGAUCCUGCGAGGUGUACAGGCACCGAGGGAAUACAGCGGGCUUCUUCCAUAUUGACCCAGAUGGCAGCGGGCCGCUGGGAGCUCUCCGUGUGCACUGCAACGUCACAGAGGACAAGAUUUGGACCUCGGUGCAACACAACAACACAGAGCUGACCCAUGUGCAGGGCGCCAGCCCAGAGAAGCCCUACUCCAUGGCCUUGGACUAUGGGGGCAGCCUGGGGCAGCUGGAGGCCAUGAUUGACAGCGCGGAGCACUGUGAGCAGGAGGUGGCCUACUACUGCAAGAGGUCCCGCCUGCUCAACACACCAGAUGGAGUCCCCUUCACCUGGUGGACGGGCCGGUCGAAGGAAAGGCACCCUUACUGGGGAGGCGCUCCCCCCGGAGUGCAGCAGUGUGACUGCGGCCUGGAUGAGAUCUGCCUGGACAUUCGGCACUUUUGCAACUGUGAUGCUGACAAGGACGAAUGGACAAAUGAUACUGGGUUUCUUUCCUUCAAAGACCACUUGCCUGUCACUCAGAUAGUUAUCACUGAUACCAACAGAUCAAACUCAGAAGCUGCUUGGAGAAUUGGUCCCUUGCGUUGCUAUGGCGACCGACACUUCUGGAAUGCAGUCUCCUUUAACACAGAAGCCUCCUACCUCCACUUCCCAACCUUCCAUGCGGAAUUCAGUGCUGACAUUUCCUUCUAUUUUAAAACCACGGCUCUCUCCGGAGUUUUCCUAGAAAACCUUGGCAUUACAGACUUCAUCCGCCUAGAAAUAAGCUCUCCUUCUGAGAUCACUUUUGCAAUUGAUGUUGGGAACGGCCCCAUAGAGCUCAUAGUCCAGUCUCCUUCUCCUCUGAAUGACAACCAAUGGCAUUACGUUCGGGCCGAGAGGAACCUCAAGGUGACCUCACUGCAGGUGGACAGCCUCCCGAGGAUGAGCAGGGAGACUUCGGAGGAGGGCCACUUCCGACUGCAGCUGAACAGCCAGCUGUUUGUAGGAGGAACAUCAUCAAAACAAAAAGGCUUUCUAGGAUGCAUACGUUCCUUGCACUUGAAUGGGCAGAAACUGGACCUGGAGGAGAGGGCCAAGGUCACCUCUGGAGUCCGACCAGGAUGCCCAGGCCAUUGCAGUAGUUAUGGCAGCAUCUGCCACAAUGGGGGCAAGUGUGUGGAGAAGCGCAGUGGAUACUUCUGUGAUUGCACCAGUUCACCAUAUGAAGGGCCCUUUUGCAAAAAAGAAGUUUCUGCUGUUUUUGAGGCUGGCACUUCAGUUACUUACAUGUUUCAAGAACCCUACCCAGUGACCAGGAAUCUAAGCCAGUCUUCCUCAGCGAUUUAUGCAGAGUCGGCUCCGUCUAAGGAAAACAUCGCACUUAGCUUUGUGACAGCCCAGGCACCCAGCCUCUUGCUUUAUAUCAAUUCUUCCUCUCAGGACUUCCUGGCUGUCUUGCUCUGCAAGAAUGGAAGCUUACAAGUUCACUAUCAUCUGAGCAAGGAAGAAAGCCAUGUGUUCACCAUUGAGGUAGAGAACUUUGCUAAUAGAAGGAUGCACCACUUGAAGAUUAACCGAGAGGGAAGAGAGCUUGCCAUUCAGGUGGAUGAGCAGCUCCGAUUCAACUAUAACUUCUCCCCGGAAGUGGAGUUCAGGGCUGUGCGCUCACUCACCUUGGGCAAAGUCACAGAUAAUGCCGAAUUAGAUUCUGAAGUCGCAACAGCAAACAGCCUGGGUUUUGUUGGGUGCCUGUCUUCGGUCCAGUAUAACCACAUAGCUCCUCUGAAGGCAGCUCUGCGCCACACGACCAUCGCACCGGUGAUCAUUCGAGGAGCCCUGACAGAAGCCAGCUGUGGCUCUGGGACCGAUUCAGAUGCGAAUGCAGUGACUACGGUGCACUCUUCCUCAGACCCAUUUGGAAAGAGAGAUGAGCGGGAACCACUCACCAAUGCAAUUCAGAGUGACUCGGCUGUCAUUGGAGGAGUCAUCGCAGUGGUGAUAUUCAUCAUCUUCUCAGUGGUCGGCAUCAUGGCACGGUUCCUCUACCAGCACAAGCAGUCACAUCGCACCAGCCAGAUAAAGGAAAAGGAGUAUCCAGCGAACGUGGACAGUUCCUUCAGAAAUGACAUUGACUUGCAAAAUACAGUGAGCGAGUGCAAGCGGGAAUAUUUCAUUUGA